CUUCCUUGACCAAGCACCAACUACUGACCGAGACUGAGUCAUUAAACGUGUCAAUCAUGUCUGCUGCUUAUUCUUCGGACGAGGAGACUUUAAAUGAUGCAUUUGGUCUGGCAAAAAUUCCUACCAGCAAAAAACCGCGCACGGACCAGGACAGACUCGCGUCUCAGGCUGCGCCUCAUGUUCUCGCUGAAGACCCUCUAAAUCAAACUUCGCUAGUGACCCGUCCGACAGACACGCAGAUGAAUGUCAAUAUUCCCUACAACGAGAUGAUGUUGCCGCUCCAGGGUCCCGAUAAUCCAUUCGGUGAUUCAAACCGGUUUAUCAACCAGAAUGCACUCGCAGGCCAUGUGGAAGAACAAUCCAUGUCAGACCACGCGUUUAAUGCCCAACAUCUGACACAUUCCAUCCUCGGCUACUCGGUCAAUCCGUCGAUCGAUCCAAACGCACCGUCUAUUCUCGGCUCGGUCGAAAAGGCUCGCGAAAAUGGCUUUGCAACAAUUGAUACCUUGCGAGCUACCAACUCUCAGAAAAAGGAAUUGAAGAGAAAGAGAAAAAAUAAGGGAGAUCUUGAUGUCGUCGAGGGCGAAGGCGCGUAUGUUGGACCCUGGGCUGCAUGGGACGGAGAAGAGGAGAUUGGAUUCUUGGAUGGUGUUGAAGAAGACACUGGCGAUCAACCGCAGGAAGAAGAAGAACCUGAGCCGGUGGUUCACAAGAAGAAAGCGAAACCAAAGCCUGGCGCCUAUGGCCAAGAAACUUCCGUCUUCCAUGGAAAAUCUAUGACCGACUAUCAAGGUCGAACAUACAUGCAUCCACCUCUGGCGGAAGCGCCUCAUAUUAUCGGUGAGGUAGGCUCCCAAGAGACAUUUAUUCCAAAGACGUGCAUCCAUACUUGGACCGGACAUACGCAAGGCGUCUCGGUAAUUCGAUUAUUCCCUGAAACUGGCCAUCUUCUUCUUAGCGGAUCUAUGGACACAAAAAUAAAGCUGUGGGACGUGUAUACUCAUGGAAAUUGUCUGAGGACUUUCCAUGGCCAUGUACAGGCCGUUAAGGAUGUCACGUUCUCUAAUGAUGGGCGGAAGUUCCUAUCGUGUGCAUAUGACCGCCAGAUGAAACUAUGGGAUACUGAGACCGGACAGUGUCUUAAGCGAUUCAGUAACGGCAAGACUCCCUACGUUGUGCGCUUCCAUCCGGAUGAGGACAAACAGCACAUAUUCCUCGCUGGUAUGUCGGAUAAGAAGAUUAUUCAGUAUGACAUGAAUUCUGGGGAGAUAACCCAAGAGUAUGACCAGCAUCUGGGUCCUGUCAAUACUAUUACUUUUGUGGACGAGAACCGACGGUUUGUCACGACGUCGGACGAUAAGACCAUCCGUGCUUGGGAUUACGAUAUUCCGGUCGUGAUAAAGUACAUCGCAGAACCUCAUAUGCACUCGAUGCCGGCAGUAACGCUUCACCCUUCCAAGAAAUACUUUGCUGCACAAUCGUUAGACAACCAAAUUCUAAUCUACAGUACGGAUAAUUUCCGCCAAAACAGGAAGAAAAGGUUCGCGGGACAUUCCGUGGCUGGGUAUGCUUGCCAGGUUGGGUUUUCUCCAGAUGGGAAGUGGAUAAGCAGUGGUGACGGGGAGGGAAAUGUGGUGUUCUGGGACUGGAAAACGGGACGUAUUAAAUCGAGGCUACAGGCUCACUCGAAGGUUGUGAUCGCACAUGAAUGGUUACCACACGAGUCGUCUAAAGUUGUAACGGCGUCAUGGGAUGGCUUGAUAAAGUUAUGGGACUGAGCAUUUCAAUACUCGCAUUUAUUGUAUUCUGUAUGGACAUGCACAUGACAUGGUAUUUUUGUUUGAGCGGUCGGGCGUGCAUGAGCGCAGUGAUGAACUAACUGGAUUGGUGCGGGCAGGAGAUCGGACCGGUAGAAAAUGCUAGGGGAUGUGAUUCCAUAUUGCCAGGAACCGACCGUUGUUCGCGCGACAGGAACGAGACUGAUGGAAAAAGAUGGAAAAGCAGGAAGCAGGCACUUGGCCAAUUGGAACGUGGUUUGACUGGUUCUUUAAAUCGACGGGAUGCUUCGAGCUGCUUCCUGGUUGAAAUCUUGGGACGGAUAAUCAAGAGUCCCUAUUAGAAGUAAGCUAUUAUGGGGAUUGGGUGAUGAUCUAGGGUCGGUGAAGAUGAGUAGGUGUGGAGGACCCCGGGAUGAUGCAGGCUGUAGAUGCAGUUAAAGUUAAUGUACUUGGGAUAUUAGCAUUUGCAAUAAGAUGCAAGUCUAGCU